GGGUAAAAAAGAAAAAGAAAAGGAUUUUUGUUAAUUAAACCAAACAGACGCUUACCGGUGGAAGUUAGGAAUAGGAGCAGUGAAGAAGAAGAAAAAAUCGAUUAGCGGUUGUUGCUGUCUUUGUCUUCACAUUCUCUUCCUUUCCGUUACUCUUUCUUGUAUUUUUAUUUUUCGAAACCAAUCCGUUAGCCCCCGCCUCUACUCCAACCACCCCCACUUCCACCACCGCCUCCGCCAUUUCUUUUUUUUUUUUUUUGUAAAAUCGUAAUCCGAGCUUAUUAAGCAAUGAGAUUGAGAUCAAUCUGUUUUUCAGAGAAAUUAAACUAAAAAAGUUGAGGCUCUGGUUUCGUUUUCUGCAUCUGCAUUUUGCUUUGGAUUCUUUUGUUGUUCGAAAUGGAAGCAGCAGAGAAUUGCUCGGUGAAAGUCGCAGUUCAUAUUAGGCCGUUAAUCGGCGACGAACGAACUCAAGGUUGUAAAGAAUCUGUUACUGUUACUAGUGGAAAGCCUCAGGUGCAAAUUGGGACACAUUCAUUUACGUUUGAUCAUGUUUACGGAAAUGGUGGUUCUCCUUCAUCUUCCAUGUUCGAAGAAUGCGUUGCUCCUCUUGUUGAUGGUUUAUUCCAAGGAUACAAUGCUACUGUACUUGCUUAUGGUCAGACAGGAUCUGGGAAGACAUAUACCAUGGGGACAGCCACGAAAGAUGGUUGCCAAACAGGAUUGAUUCCUCAAGUUAUGAAUGCAUUGUUCAAGAAAAUUGAAACGUUGAAGCACCAAACAGAGUUUCAGCUGCAUGUUUCCUUCAUAGAGAUCCUGAAGGAAGAAGUGAGGGAUUUACUGGAUUCUGAACCUGUAAGCAAAUCCGUUACUCCUAAUGGAAAUGCUGUGAAAGUUACAGUUCCAGGAAGGCCACCAAUACAAAUUCGUGAAUCAUCAAAUGGAGUUAUAACACUAGCUGGAUCAACCGAAGUUGCAGUCACCACACUGCAAGAAAUGGCUACUUGCCUGGAGCAAGGAUCAAUAAGUAGGGCAACGGGGAGCACAAAUAUGAAUAACCAGUCAAGUCGAUCCCAUGCCAUCUUCACGAUCACAUUAGAACAAAUGUGCAAAAUCCAAUCAGUUUCUUCUGGUAAUGACACUCUGGACAAUGAUAUGGGUGAAGAGUAUUUAUGUGCAAAGCUCCAUUUGGUGGAUCUUGCUGGAUCUGAACGAGCAAAAAGAACAGGUUCUGAUGGUCUUCGGUUAAAAGAAGGUAUUUAUAUUAAUAGAGGGCUUCUUGCACUUGGCAAUGUCAUCAGCGCCCUUGGGGAUGAGAAAAAGCGUAAAGAAGGCGUGCAUGUUCCUUACCGAGAUAGUAAACUGACUCGACUUUUACAGGAUUCACUUGGUGGAAACAGCAAAACUGUUAUGAUAGCUUGUAUCAGUCCAGCAGACAUCAAUGCAGAGGAAAGUCUUAACACUCUGAAAUAUGCUAAUCGUGCUCGCAAUAUCCAGAAUAAGCCUGUUGUGAAUAGAGAUUUAAUAUCCAAUGAGAUGCAAAAAAUGCGUCAGCAGCUACAGUACUUACAAGCACAACUUUGUGCUCGUGGAGGACCUACAUCAGAUAUGCAGAUUCUCAAAGAAAGAAUUUCUUGGCUGGAGGCUACUAAUGAGGAUCUUCGUCGAGAACUUCAUGAAUACCGCAGCAGACGUGCUGUUGUAGAGUGUUGUGAAAGUGAUGCUCAAGAAGGCCACUCAUGUUUUAUGAAAAGUGAUGGACAUAAGAGGGGCUUUCAGAGUAUGGACUCAUCUGAUUAUCAAAUGGAUGAAGCCGUGUCAGACGAAAGUCCUGAAGAAAUUGAUGAAGUCGCAAAAGAGUUGGAGCAUGCACUUCGGAGGAAUACCAUGGAUAGAGAGUUGAUUGAGUUAAACAAGCGCUUGGAGCAGAAAGAGUCUGAGAUGAAACUUGUUGGAGGAGCUGACGCUGAAGCACUAAAACAGCACUUUCGGAAGAAAAUCAUGGAACUUGAGGAUGAAAAAAGAAUUGUGCAGAUAGAGAGAGAUCGUUUGUUAGUUGCAGUUGAGAACCGUGCUGCUCAUUCUGAUGGACAAAUGCAAAAAACUCAAGAGAUGAAUGUGCAGAAACUUAAAGCCCUUGAGGCACAGAUUUCUGAUCUCAAGAAGAAACAGGAAAACCAGGUUGAGCUCUUAAAGCAAAAGCAAAGAAGUGAUGAAGCAGCAAAACGGUUGCAAGCAGAAAUACAGUACAUUAAGGCACAAAAAGUUCAAUUGCAGCACAAAAUAAAACAAGAGGCAGAACAAUUUCGACAAUGGAAGGCCUCUCGUGAGAAGGAAUUGCUGCAGCUUAGAAAAGAGGGAAGGAGGAAUGAAUAUGAAAGGCAUAAACUUGAAGCAUUGAAUCAACGCCAAAAAACGGUUCUUCAAAGGAAAACAGAAGAAGCAGCAAUGGCGACCAAAAGGCUGAAAGAGUUGUUAGAAGCACGAAAAUCUUCCACACGUGACAAUUCAGUUAAUCACAAUGGACAUGCACCAAAUGGACAGAGCAAUGAAAAAUCUGUGCGAAGGUGGCUUGAUCAAGAGCUAGAGGUAAUGGUGAAUGUGCGUGAAGUUCGUUUUGAAUAUGAGAAACAGACCCAAGUGCAAACUGCUCUGACAGAGGAGUUAACUUUAUUGAAACAAGUCGAUGAGUUGUCUUCAAACGGUGACAUUCCUCACAUAGUAAACAAUGGACAGUCUAGAUUGUUAUCUAUGUCACCAAAUGCGAGAAUGGAAAGAAUAGCUUCCCUUGAGCACAUGCUUAGCAUGUCUUCAAAUGUGCUCAAGGCAAUGGCUUCACAAUUGUCAGAGGCAGAAGAAAGGGAGCGUGGUUUGGUUGGUCGUGGGCGGUGGAAUCAAGUGCGCUCAAUAAAUGAUGCAAAGAACUUGCUUCAACACUUGUUUAAUGCUACUGCAGAAGCAAGAUGCCAGUUGCAGGAGAAAGAUUUGGAGAUUAAGGACCUCAAACAGCAACUGAAGGAUCUCACAGCCCUAUUAUGGCAAAGUGAGGCGCAGAAAAAAGAGCUUGUGAAGGAGCAAAAGAUGAGGGAGCAAGCUGUUGCUAUUGCUCUUGCUACAUCAGCUUCGCAGGGGAACUCUCGCAGUUCAUCAAAACACUUUGCGGAUGAUUUGAGCGGUCCCCUUUCACCAAUGUCACUCCCAGCCCCCAAGCAACUGAAAUUUACACCUGGGGUUGUUAAUGGGUCUGUUAGAGACUCAGCAGCAUUUCUAGAUCAGUCACGAAAGAUGGUACCAGUUGGACAUUUGUCAAUGAAGAAAUUGACAACCAUGGGACAAACCGGAAAACUCUGGAGGUGGAAGAGAAGUCAUCACCAGUGGUUGCUUCAAUUCAGAUGGAAAUGGCAGAAGCCAUGGAAACUCUCAGAAUGGAUCAAACACAGUGAUGAGACAAUCAUGAGAUCAAGGCCUCGUGCACAGGCUCUGAUUGAACUGAUAUAAUGAGCUUAUAUUCAGCAGCGUUCUUUAGCCUGUAUAUACAUCUUGACUGGCAUAAAGAAUCUGCAUGGCUUACAGAAAAAAUAAAUGCAGGCGUGUUGUAAAUAGGGAAAAAGAGCAUGGUGCUUGCCAUAGUCUUAGCCGAGAUGUCUAAACACGAAGUUUGUGCAACUUACUUAGCUAAUGUUUGGGUUUCAAUACUUUUGGGGGCUGAAUCAUCACAUCGAAGCAUGUGGGUACGGUGUAGGUGGUUGGAAAGUGGAUGGUAGCUGACUAAGCAUGGUUACAUAUGUGGGUGUUGCAGUUCAUGAAGAGCUUCACUAUUUGUAGUCUUCUUUUUUAUUGUUUAAUUCUUUAUCAUGAAAAUGAAAUUUCCUUUACCAAAGUUUUUGUGUGAUUGGCCUUGCCAAUUGUUAUUUUUUUUUGUAUAUAUAAUUACGUCAUCUUUUGAUAUUGGCUAAACAUGUUCUAGAGAUACAACGCUUGAUUCUAUUUUUCUUUUCUUUA